UGUAAUUAAUUUUGCAUUGGGCUCACCCGCUAAUUUCUGGGACAUCGAAAAUUCUGCGCGUUUGGAUUUUGAAUGAAGCAACCUGCAAAACCCUAAACCCUGUUACUCUUUCUUACUCCCUUUCUCUUUCCUUUUGAUCACAUAGAUGAGAUGAGGAAGAAGCUUCUGAUCGCAACCACAAAAGGCAUCUCCUUAUGCUCCAAUCGCAACAUCUCUCCCAAACCCAACCUCUCAGUAUCCUUUGAAGUAUGCUAUUCUGCCGAUCCAAUUAAAGUCCAGAGGCAUGGAUGGUCACAUGCUGCUACUGUCUCUUCUGAGGCACCGGAUGCCCAGAAAGGCCAAAAAAGGCUUCCAAGACAUGAAAGAAGAGCUAUGGUGGAGUCUUUUGUGAACAAGUAUAGAGCAGAGAAUGCUGGGAAAUUCCCUACAAUAUCAGAUGCCCAGAAACAAGUUGGUGGCAGUUUUUAUGUUGUCCGGGAUAUCAUUCAGGAAUUAGAAUACAAGUCUAGAACAAAUUCUUCAAAUAUUGUGAAUGAGAUUUUGGUGGGAAAACAAUUUGAUGACAGUAAACAUCCCACCACCAAGUCUGCCGGUGUUUCAUCUGGUAAUAUUGAGAUUGCAAAAUACAAUGCUAUCCAAGAUGGUUCUCAAUCUGUAGAUUUGAAUGACAAGGAGACCGUGAACGCUGGAUAUGAGCAUCAUGAAGGAAAGAGAGAGACACGUACUUCUUGCGGGGAGAGGAGGUUGUUUGAAGAAGUAGAAAUCAUGGCUACAUCAAAUAAUCAUUGCAUUGCACCUGAAAGUAAUCUUGUGGAAACGUGUUCUAAGGAACCUAACCCAUCAAGUCUCCAUAUGCCAAAUGAUAUCAAGACAGAGGAAGCUGUUCCUACUUCUUCUGAUUCUUUUGCACCUGAAAGUCAGCUUCUACAAGAGGAAAGUGAACAUUUUUCUCCGUCGUAUAGUCAAAAUGAUGGUACUGGUUAUGAUAGAGCUCGGGGCCACAAAUAUGAUUCUGUUCACGUAGAAAAUCAUCGAGAAUUGGAGGAAAAAUGCAUUAAGAAAGCAGAUUGUGAGAGAAGGGAGCAACUUGAUUUGGAAGACCUGUCUAGAGAACUUCCCCAUUCAAGUCUUCAGGUGCCAAAUGAUGUGAAGUGUAGUGAAGCUGUAUCUAGUUCGUCUGAUUCUGUUACCCUAGAAAGACACCCUCUAAAAGAAGAAAUAAACCAAUGUUCUGAUCCUUUUAUUGAACAAUCUGUAAGCAGUUGCAGCGAAGGUAUGAGCCAUGAUUCUAAGUUUGUUGAUAUGGAAAACCAUUCAGCAUUCGAGAAUGCAGGGUAUGAGAGAAAAGACAAAGAGGCUGCCGAUGGUUCAAAGCUUGUAAUAGAGCAACCUCAAAUGGACAGCCCUAAUAGCAGGGAUAACAAUGUUUCAGUCUAUUCAGAAAAAUCAACUUUGUGGGGAAAUGUGAAGUCAUUUGCUAAUGGCAUCUUAAAUAUCUGGAAAAAAUUGUGAAGCUUGAUGGAAGUGUAUGGUGCAACUUGUAAGAAUCUCAAUCUUAUUGUGCAUCUUAGACGGUAUGCAUAGAAUUCAUGGGAUUCCUAACUCCUUUUGACUAGUCAUUACAUAUGUACCUGCAAAUCUUAUUCUCCUUUUUUGCUAUCCUUAGAUAUUUCCAGAGGUUUUGCAGCUGAGUUUCGGCUAUGAUAAAGCUGCCUCCUGUUCGACUUAUUUGUAAGAUAUUUGCGCAUGAGUUUGUUGCUCCUCUGCUCCCUUGGCCCCCAUCUGUGGCGGGAGGGGAUCAGUACUAUAGUUCCCAAUCUAGGUAGCUUUCCACUGUAAAUGUCUCUCAAAGGAAAUGCUCGAUUUUUUAAAUUUCUCCCCUACUCAAAUUAUGUUUUCAUAUAUGAAUUUGAGGGGCAGAAUGGAAGGGUGAAAGAAAGCCAAGAUCAGUUUACGAUGAUGAGGCUUUUGUAUUUUGGAUACAUUAGAAGAAUAACCAAGUGGUUUUCAAGGACUGCAUCCCUCCCCUCCCCCUCCUCCCAGGCACAAGACUAAAAAAUUGAAGAAAUUAUAAGGGUUUUUGAAAUUUUGUUUUUAUUUCCAUCAUUAAGUAUACUACUGAUUACCCUCAAUCCAGAAUAGGUUUAUGUUGUCCAAACUUGCAAAGCAUGAGCACCAAUUGCUGUGAUUAGAAAUUGAAACUACGGUAAUUUGGAGUUAAAUAAAAAGAUUGUAGUCUUAUCCUUUAUAUUC